AUUAGAAGACAUAACUAUAUAAGGUGCCUAUCACUACACGAAUUAUGAAACAAAAACAUUUGACCAUUCAAAAUGGCCCUCUCAUAUAACUCUGCCCCAUUUCUGUUUGUUUCUUUACUAUCAAUCUCCUUCACAUUAACAAGCGUGAGAGCCGAUCUGGUAGCCGAGGUUUGCUCGAAAACACUAAAGCCCGCUAUAUGUUUAUCGGCUUUAAGGGCGGAUCCUCGAUCCAAAGGUGCAGAUCUUGUAGUUCUUGCGACUGUCGCAAUAGGGAUAUCACAAACGAACGCAACAUCCGUGCGUAAUCUUGUUAGUACGUUGCUUAAACAGGCGACAGAUCCAAAAUUAAAGACGCGAUAUGAUUCGUGUUUGGAGAGUUAUAACGAUGCUAUUUACGUUCUUGGAGGAUUGCCAGAUGAUUUGAAGUCUAAAGAUUAUGACAGUUUGAAUGUUCAUGCUGGCGCUGCUACGACUGGUGCUUCUACGUGUGAUGACGAUUUUGAAGGACCGCCCGCUGAAGCGCCUCAACUCAAAGAUGCUAGUGACAAGCUUCAAGGACUUAUUGAUAUUAUUGUGGUUAUUAGCUAUCUAUUGAUGAAAGGUCAUUGAUACAUAGAAAUUUAUAGAUUUACGCAAGGCAUUAUAAUCGACUUGAGAAAUAUGAAAGUUAUGAAAUCAUAAACUUAUGUUUCCCCUUUCAAAUUUAGUUCAAGAACUUACAUUUGGUUAAAUAGCAGCCAUUAGACACUCUGUCUAGUGGUAUAAAUUCAAUAAAAAGAAAGAUUGCCUAUUCUUAUUCCAAGGGAA